UGAACAAAUUGAAAUUCAAAUUUUAACAGUGCAGAUUUGUUUGUUUUUCAUUCAUGAGUUCUCACUUUGGAGGAACGAUAACACAAAGAAUCGUUUAAAUGAACCACUCCUGAUGCGUCUGGGUAAAGUAUAAAGAGUCUUUUCUGGUUUAAACAUUUAAAUUUAAAUGGCCAUAUAAUUAUUUUGACGAGAAACAUAUGCAAAUUUACCACAGCAGUUGCUGUAAAACCACGAAUAACCAUUAAUUAAUUAUUUAUAUCUUUAACUCAAUGACGUAAUUGAGGACGCUUUCCAAAAAAGGGUUAUAAAGUGGAAAGUUUUAAAAUUUGGUUUAAAAUAAAGCCACAAAAAGUAAAUUAACCUAUUCCAAGAUUUCCCGAAUUUGUUUAUAUUGUUCUCCACAAAAAAGAAAUUGAGGGUAAUGAAUUCAAAUUUAAAAACAGCGCCGUUUCCAAACGUCAAUCAUAUCCGGAGUGUCACAUUCCUAACCUCAAAAUAUACAUUCACGUUUAUUUUUAUCUCGAUUAAUGUAAACCGAAAACGAAAAGUACGAUGAUAACCCCGCGAUUUAAGCUAGCGCAAACAGAAACGACGGUUACUAUAAACAUAAGAGCCCCAUACAGUAAUUUACGUGACCUAGAAGCGACAAUUGAUGAAGAUGUGUUCAUUUUCUUCAGUAGCCCCUAUUAUUUACGCCUACAGUUACCAGGUCGACUUGUCGAAGACGAUUCUAACAAAAGUUCGUUCGAUGUCGACGCUGGGGAGUUUACGUUCACAAUAAAGAAGGCUAUCGAAGGCGAGUAUUUCCCAGAUUUAGACUUGAUUACCAAACUACUUAUACCAAAAGUGCAAGUGACGGACGCUAACGAUGCUAGCAGAAAAAUAACAGUUUUGUCCAAUCAAGAUCAAACUGAAAAAACGGAGCAAGAAUUAAAUGAAGAGUUUGGGUUUGCGCUGUCUGGUAAAGAAAAUUUUCAUCACAUAGCAGCAGAAUUCAAAGAUGUAUUUGAAGUGGAUCCUCGAGAAGUAAAGUUAGCUGAAAGACAUAAAAUGCGACUGCAGUAUGAACAAGGAAAGUUUAAUGUGGACCAUUAUUUGAGUGAUUAUAUUGAAAAUGAUGAAGUAUUGGAAAUUGUGGCUUUAAAAUCACCAUGGGCAGAUUUAAAAAGAAAUGAUAUCCAAUUUACUGACAGUGAGUUAGAUUUUCUAAAAGAUUUACCAAAUAAACAAUAUAACUUGAGCGAAACGCAGAUUAAUUACUGUUACUAUUCUCUAGUGGAUAUAUUAUUUGCGUUUUGUUAUGACAGAAGAACCACAGAAUUUGAAGGAUCAUCAGAAUCUGGAUGGAAUAUCAUCAAACUUGCUGCUACGUUUUGCUGGCUGGAUGUUUUCCAAACUCCAAAAGAAGCUCUUGUUAGUGGAUUCAGAAGAAGUGUAAUUUAUCCAUUGUAUCGUAACUUUGACUUAAGCCAAACAGUUUUGGCAGAUUUAAGACAGCUGUUGCAUUUAGGCGAAAAAUAUAUUAUUAAAUGUUUGAUCGAAAUAUAUAACAUGUUUUUAAAAGGCGACUGUUGUCGAUAUAUUCUCAACAAUUUAUUUAUUAAAGAUUAUAUUAUUUAUAUAAUGAAGUGGGACCAAACACAAUGGAAAGAAAUUGUGUCUCAAGUUGAAAACAUAGUAAUUAAGAAGAAUGAUUUAGGUUUAAAUCUACAAGAAAUAGAAGACGACGUUUGUCAAAAAUUGGGUAAUUUCACCAGUCUUAGUAUUGGCGACCACGAUUCUGACGACACUGACUGUUACAGUGAUAGUUCUAGUGAAGAAACUUCCAGUGACAGUAGUGAUAGCACCACUGAUUAAUAUUAUGUAUAUUUAUUUAUAACAAUAAAAUUUAUGUCACAAAUA